AUGAAGAAAGAGGAACCAUGCAAAAGUAACACAUGUGGACUUGGUGAUUCAACAUGUGAAUGUUACCUAACAAUCGAGCAUGCUUUAACAAUGAUUUAUACUGAACAGGGUCAACAAGCAGUUCACCUCAAAAUAGAAAACGGAAAAGCUGUUAGAUCUGACAGUGGAAAGGAGUUUGAACGAUCACUUGAAAAAACGUUUAUUCUUGCUGAUGGAUACAAGUCACGAAUUGUUAUUGCUGUCAACGGUAGAUUCCCGGGACCUACAAUUACAGCUAGGGAAAACCAAGAAGUAAUAGUUCAUGUACGAAAUUUGAUGCAUACAGAUAGCACGACAAUUCAUUGGCAUGGGAUGCAUCAAAAAAGCUCCCCUUGGUCAGAUGGUGUUGCAUUUGUAACACAAUGUCCUAUUUCACCUGGACAAAACUAUACAUAUAAAUUCAACGCAAAGCCAUUCGGAACCAGUUUUUAUCAUGCUCAUAUUGGUGACCAAAGAACAAUGGGUUUAUAUGGUCCACUGAUAAUAAUUCCAACACCAUACCAAAAAGUUGUUUUGCCACAAGAAGGUGACAAGGUAUAUGUAGCUAUUAUACAAGAUUGGAAUCAUGAUGACGAUGCAGAUGCAUUGUACCAAAAAAUGCUAUUGGGUGACUUCGACAGCUCAGGUAAACCUUUUGCCGAAACCAAAGAUCCUUCUGGGGCACAAUAUAGCCGUUUUAAAUGUCAUUCUGGUCUGAUUAAUGGCAGAGGACGGUUUUACAGUUCUUCGACAAUACACAACGGUGUUCCAUUGGAACGAUUUGAAGUAGAGAAAAAUGAAGAUUAUCGAUUUAGGGUGAUUAGUGCAGCCACUAUGUAUCCUUUUCAAGUCUUUGUUGAGGGUCACAGACCAAUUUAUAUCUUAGCGUCUGACGGAUUUGAAAUAGAUAAAAAGGAGGUAGAGUCGUUUAUAAUUCAUCCUGGUGAAAGAAUUGAUUUUUUGUUGAACGCUGACGCGAAGAUUGGUACAUACUUACUGGUUGCCGAGACCUUAGAGGUAUAUUCUCUAAACGAAUACCACGCAGCUGAAGCUAUUAUUCAUUACAAAACGGCAGAUAUCGAUCUCAACCCCAAAAAGGUGACCUCACAUACAUGUGACAGCUCUGGCAUCACUUGCAGAGUAUUUAAUUGUCCAUUUAUCCAAUAUCCCAGCAAUAAAAAUCAAAUUUGCAUCACUUUCAAUGAUGUAAUAUCAAUCGAUCCAAAUUCAAACCCAGAUGAAGUUAAUUCAGACGAGGUUGUCGAAAUGUUUUUCAAUUUUGCAUUUCCUGGUGAGAAUGGUAUUACCCCUGGAUCAGUUAAUGGACACCAGUUUUUACCACCUACAGUUGCUGCAUAUGCUCAACCGGACCUAGUAGACUACAACUGUGACGCAUGUAACGCAUAUACGAUUUGUGAGUGCACAUAUGCCGUAACCAUUGACAACGACAAUAAAGACAAAGUUUAUCAGUUUGUUAUCACAAACAUAGGAGGAGGUGCCAAUUGGUCACAUCCAGUCCAUUUGCAUGGACAUUCGUUCUACGUAAUGAAAAUGGUGUUCGCUACUUAUGACAGUGAUGGUAAAUUAGUUCCAAAUGGUGGACAGGACACAAUUGACAUUAUUUGCCAUGACAGUAAAAAGUUUUGUUCUGAUGCAAAAUGGAGAAAUGAAAGUUGGACAAAUGGAAAACAUCCCGAUUUAAACUGGCACAAUCCUCCUCAGAAAGACACGAUUAUAAUACCCACUGGAGGAUACGUUGUUAUUCGAUUCAAGGCAGAUAACCCCGGUGUCUGGUUUUUUCACUGUCAUAUUGACUUACAUAACACCAAUGGUAUGGGAAUGAUAAUCAAUGAGUCACCAAAUAUCCAACCGGAGGUGCCAAACAAUUUUCCAAAAUGUAAUAGUUUUCAAAAUGACGGUAAGUAUAUAUCAUCCGAUAGUUGA